UUGUUCUCGCGAGAAGAAACGAGACUUCCCGCGGUAUCAGGGGUUGGAAACCCCGUAUCACCCUCUUCCCUUCGCUGUUCACAAGCAAGAUGCCAGGCGUUACAGUGAAAGACGUCAACCAGCAGGAGUUUGUCCGUGCCCUGGCUGCUUUUCUGAAAAAGUCAGGAAAGCUAAAGGUGCCUGACUGGGUGGACCUUGUUAAACUGGGUAAGCACAAGGAGCUUGCUCCCAGUGAUGAGAACUGGUUCUACAUCAGAGCAGCAUCCACUGUUCGCCACCUGUAUCUUCGAGGAGGUGCCGGCGUUGGCUCCAUGACCAAGAUCUAUGGUGGUCGCAAGAGGAACGGAGUGUGCCCUGCUCACCACAGCGUUGGCUCAAAGAAUGUGGCUCGCAAGGUGCUGCAGGCUCUUGAGCUGCUUAAGAUGAUUGAAAAGAGUCCCAAUGGUGGCCGCAGACUAACCCCUUCGGGAACCAGAGACCUGGACCGAAUUGCUGGACAGGUCGCAGCUGCAAACAAGAAAUCUGCUUAAUAAAUUUUUGAACAAAGUCAAA